GAUUCUCUUUUGCUUAGAGAACAAGACGCUGGUGCUGCCGUUCUUCCCGCCGAAAGCGCAGCGUUCAUAUAACAAACCCUCUGUUUCUCAAUAAACAACCCUCUCAAACCCUAGAUUUUCACUGCUCUCCUCCUCCAAAGCUAAGUUUCCAUUCUCUACGCCAUUAGAGUUCACUAGAGCUCGCUGGGAUGGAGAGUUUCCUCAAAAAGAACUUUGAUUUUCCACCAAAGAACCCCUCUGAGGAGGCUCAGCGCCGCUGGCGCUCCGCCGUCGGAAAAAUCGUCAAGAACCGCCGCCGACGCUUCCGCAUGAUCCCUGACCUCGAUAAGCGCUCUCAGGUCGAGGCUAAUAGGCGCAAUAUCCAGGAGAAAAUCAGGAUUGCUCUAUAUGUUCAAAAGGCUGCUUUGACGUUUAUUGAUGCUGCCGGCAAGAAAGAAUAUGAGCUUCCGCAUGAGGUGAAGGAGGCUGGGUUUGAUAUAAGUCCUGAAGAAUUGGCAUCUAUAGUUAGUGGCCAUGACAUGAAGAGCUUGAAAUUUCAUGAAGGCGUGGAUGGUAUAUUGAGAAAAAUUUCUGUAUCACUUGAUGAUGGAAUAAGAUCGAGUGAUUUAGAAAUUAGACAGAAAUUUUUUGGCAUCAACCGUUAUGUUGAGAAGCCAUCUAGAAGUUUUUGGAUGUUUGUUUGGGAUGCAUUACAAGACUUGACUUUAAUAAUUCUCAUGAUUUGUGCCGUGAUUUCUAUAGUUGUUGGACUUCCUACUGAAGGAUGGCCUAAGGGCAUGUAUGAUGGGCUUGGAAUCUUACUCAGCAUUUUCUUGGUGGUCAUUGUCACAGCUGUCAGUGACUAUAAGCAAUCUUUGCAAUUUAAAGCAUUAGACAAAGAAAAGAAAAAAAUAUUUAUUCAGGUGACAAGAGAUGGUUAUAGACAAAAAGUCUCUAUUUAUGACCUGGUGGUUGGUGAUAUUGUUCAUCUCUCAAUAGGAGAUCAAGUCCCAGCCGAUGGCUUGUUUAUAUCUGGUUACUCACUCUUGAUAGAUGAAUCUAGCCUAUCUGGUGAAAGUGAACCAGUUUAUAUUUCUCAUCAAAAGCCAUUUCUUAUGGCAGGUACUAAAGUCCAAGAUGGAUCUGCUAAAAUGUUGGUGACCUCAGUUGGUAUGAGGACUGAAUGGGGAAAGUUAAUGGAAACUUUGAGUCAAGGAGGAGAGGAUGAGACACCUUUGCAAGUUAAAUUAAAUGGUGUGGCAACUAUCAUUGGAAAGAUUGGUUUGCUAUUUGCUACACUGACAUUUUUAGUCUUGUUGGUAAGGUUUCUAGUGUACAAGGCUAACAAUGUUGGACUGUCAAAAUGGUACCCUAACGAUGCCUUGUCAAUAUUGAACUACUUUGCAAUUUCAGUGACCAUAAUUGUUGUUGCUGUUCCUGAAGGACUACCGUUAGCUGUGACACUAAGCCUUGCUUUUGCAAUGAAAAAAUUAAUGGAUGACAAAGCCCUUGUUAGGCAUUUAUCAGCAUGUGAGACAAUGGGUUCAGCAAAUUGCAUUUGCACUGAUAAAACAGGAACUUUGACAACUAACCACAUGAUAGUUGAAAAGAUAUGGAUUUGUGAGGAAUCUAAAACCUAUAAUGAUAAGGAAAGCUCUGAUCAGUUGUUGUCUUUUGUGUCUGAAAAAGUUAUUAGCAUCCUUUUGCAGUGCAUCUUUCAGAAUACGGGCUCUGAGGUUGUACGAGGAAGAGACGGUAAAAAUACCAUAUUGGGUUCUCCCACUGAAACAGCCUUGUUAGAGUUUGGACUUCAUUUGGAAGGUGCUAAUAAUACUCAGCAUCAAAAUUGCAAAAAAUUAAAGGUAGAACCUUUCAAUUCUGUUAAGAAAAUGAUGUCUGUUCUGAUAUACCUUCCUGGAGUGGGAACCCGUGCAUUCUGCAAAGGUGCAUCAGAAAUCAUAGUAGGUAUGUGUGACAAGAUCAUUGGCAGUGAUGGCAAUGCAGUUUCUUUGUCAGAGGAGCAGAAAAGGAAUGUAAUGGAUGGCAUUAACAAUUUUGCAUGUGAAGCUCUCAGAACACUAUGCCUGGCCUUUAAAGAUAUGGAUGAAUCUCAUUCUGGAGAAGAUAUCCCUACUGUUGGUUAUACAUUGAUUGCUGUGUUUGGUAUCAAAGAUCCUGUGCGCCCUGGAGUCAAGGAAGCAGUUCAGAGUUGUCUUGCUGCUGGGAUUACAGUGCGAAUGGUAACCGGAGACAAUAUUAAUACUGCAAAGGCUAUAGCUAAAGAAUGUGGCAUAUUGACUGAUGAUGGUUUAGCCAUAGAAGGCCCAGAAUUUCGCAGCAAAAGUCCUGAAGAAAUGAAAGAUUUGAUACCGAAAAUCCAGGUAAUGGCUCGAUCUUUGCCUUUGGACAAGCAUAAACUUGUGACAAACUUAAGGGGUAUGUUCAAUGAAGUUGUUGCAGUUACUGGUGAUGGAACUAAUGAUGCGCCAGCGCUUCAUGAAUCAGAUAUUGGUCUUGCUAUGGGUAUUGCAGGUACAGAGGUUGCAAAAGAGAAUGCUGAUGUGAUUGUCAUGGAUGAUAAUUUUACAACAAUUGUGGGUGUUGCCCGGUGGGGUCGCGCUGUUUAUAUUAACAUUCAGAAGUUUGUGCAAUUCCAAUUGACUGUCAAUGUGGUUGCUUUGAUGGUAAAUUUUGUCUCGGCAUGCAUCAUAGGAAAUGCUCCUCUCACUGCUGUCCAGUUGCUUUGGGUCAACAUGAUUAUGGAUACACUUGGUGCUUUAGCAUUAGCAACUGAACCUCCCAAUGAUGAGAUGAUGAAAAGACCCCCUGUUUGGAAGGGUGAGAAUUUUAUCACGAGAAUCAUGUGGAGAAAUAUCAUUGGCCAGAGUGUUUAUCAAUUAGCAGUGCUUGGAAUUCUCAUGUUUGAUGGGAAGCGCCUUCUGAAACUCAACGGUCCAAAUGUGGAUGCUGUUCUCAACACCUUCAUCUUCAACACAUUUGUGUUUUGUCAGGUUUUCAAUGAAAUCAAUAGCCGGGAUAUGGAGAAGAUCAAUGUGUUCCGUGGAAUAUUUAGAAACUGGAUAUUCACAGCUGUUUUGUCCUCCACUGUUGUGUUUCAGAUAAUAAUAAUAGAAAUCCUCGGUACUUUUGCAAGCACUGUGCCAUUGAACUGGCAAUUGUGGUUGCUGAGCAUCUUGAUUGGUUCAAUCAGCAUGGUUGUCGGAGCUAUUUUGAAGCGCAUUCCUGUUCAGAAAGUCAAUCUUUCUGCCUAUGAUCAGAAUGACUAUGAACCACUCCCCAGUGGUCCUGAAGUAGUGUAAAGGGAACUGAUACUCCUCCAAAACUUCAUAUUUUCCACGACAUAAACUGAUCAUGUCCUUUUGAAAGUUAGGAAUCCAGGAACUUGGCUGUGUAACUUUCGCAACCAGAUAAUGCUGUUUCCACAUAAGGAAUUGUAGAAUUUGAAUCAUUUAAUGAUGUCAACUUUGGUUUGUAAGUUUUACAUGUUUGUUUUGUAAUUUAAAGGUGCAGAGCCUAUCUUAAAUCAUAGGCAAGUUAAAACACAAUUGCUAGCAAGUUUGAAGGAGCAUUUUAGUAUAUAGUUAGGUUCUUGUUUGUUAUGGUCUUGGAUUUGUUGCUAUUAUAUGAGGGGGAUGUUGUCACGUUGAUAUUUGUUUAUAUAUAAAAGGUACUAGUUUUCUGCA